GGUAACAAUGGUAACAACAACAACAGAACUGCCACCACCAGCUGCUGAUCAGCUGUGUCACAUGACUGUCCGCACACUGAUCGGACUGCUCUGCUUCAUCAUCAUGAUCAGCAUCCCUGCUGUUACCUGGAGGAAAGCUCGACGGGUAGAGAAACAGAAGAGAGACAAAGGAGCAGAAAGCAGCCCGUGAUCCUCCAUCACACAGAAACAACAGCCGUACAGACUGAACUGGGAUCAGAUCAUCGUCAUCCAGCCACACAGCAAACAGCCAGUCUGAACAUCAGAGUGACGACAGAUUCUUCAGCAUGUGAUCCAGACCUUCAGUACAUGUAAAGUAUUUGCUGCUCUGCCCUCUCAACGUCCUGCAGCUCAACAGUUUCUCAUUUCUUUGUCUUUGCUGUUUCUGGAGCUGUGCUGUAUUUAGUCAACAGGCAUUAAAAACACGUUAGAAGCUCAGUUAAUUUUACAUGUGUUACAUUCACUGUUUUGCAAAUAGAGUGAGUCCAUUUUUGAUUUGAGUUGUUUGAGUAAAAAAGUAAACUUACUUUACUUUUUAAGUUCAUUCUGCUGACAGGGGGCACGAAACUAGACAAACAAAUUCAAUAAUCAAAAAAAUGAAUGCUUUCAUAUUUGUAUUGACCACAGCAGCCACAGAAACAACAAGAAAACAAGAAAACGAGGCUACAGCCCAAAGCUGUCACAGCAGGACACAGUGUCCGCUCUGACCUAUGGUAUGCAAAUAAGGACAUGAAUUAAAAACAAAAAUCUCGGCAUUACAACUAAAGAUUACAUGAUUACAUAAAGAUUACAUGAUUACAUAAAGAUUACAUGAUUACAUAAAGAUUACAUGCCGAGAUUACAACGAAAGAAAUAACUAGAUCUAUCGGUGUAUUAAAAAUGGUAAGAGUGCAGACCCAGAUGGGUUUACAAACAGUUUAAGAUCAAACUUGCUCCAUAUCUGUUUAAACUGUACAACCAUGCCUACAAUGUGGGCACCUUACCACCAACAUUGAAUGAAGCAGUUAUUACUGUACUCCCCAAAAAAGGUAAAGUCUUGGAGGAAGUGGGAU